AUGUCUUCAGCAGCCAAUUGCUUCUAUUUGCAUUUACUUGUCACCCCAAAUAUUGCCAUAGAUAUUGUCAUAUCUAUCUAUCUAUCUAUCUAUCUAUCUAUAGAUAAUGAUCCCUUUAUGCCAAUAUCUUUCAUCCUUCAGGAAGAUAAGACCAAAAUGAAAAGUAAACCCCACCUUUCACUAUCUAUCUAUCUAUCUAUCUAUCUAUCUAUCUAUCUAUCUAUCUAUCUAUCUCAGUCUGUACAUUUCUUUCUUUCUUUCUUUCUUUCUAUCACAGUUUGUUCUUAUCUAUCUAUCUAUCUAUCUAUCUAUCUAUCUCAUUAUGGUCAUUUCUUUUCUUGUUUGUUUGUUUGUUUCCAUCUAUCUAUCUAUUUGUUCAUAUCUAUCUAUCUAUCUCAUUAUGGUCAUAUCUUUUUUGCUUGUUUUUUCGUUUGUUUCUAUCUAUCUAUCUAUCUAUUUCAUUAUGGUAAUUUCUUUUGUCUCUUUGUUUCCUUGUUUCUAUCUAUCUAUCUAUCUAUCUAUCUAUCUAUCUAUCUAUCUAGUUGA